UUUUAAACUUUUGUAAUUUGUUGUUGAAUUAUUGAAAGGUAUUGAAACUUUCAUGCUGGCUUUGAGCCUUUGCCUCAUAUCUGAAUCUGGAGGGUAAUUUCUGUCCACAAACGAAGUUUCUUGAAAUAUCUGCUCUUUAAAUAAAGAACAUUUCUUUUAUCACUAUGAAAACUAUUUCAUGUAAUAACUAAAACAUUUUGAAAAUGGACAGCGAUAAUGCUACAAUUCAAGUGGUUUAUGCUCAAAGGGAGCGUAGUCUUGAUACUAGUGUUUUUAAAAGUGGAUAUGAGGUAGACUUUUGGCAGGAAGUGAAAAAACGUUGGAUGGUCCUGGGAGUUCUCCUUGCCAUGGCCCUGGCAGUCCUGGCUCCUCAGUUCGGAGCUCCUGGAGGCGCUCUGCACACUGAAUACUCGACGUACCUACCGCUAUCAUACAUCUACUACUCGGCGGGACGCACGCGAACUCACGCGGGCCGCACCCGUCUGUACGCGCUGACGACGGUUCACGCGCAGAUAGUCGCGUUUGCGAUUUGCGCUGUCACUGUCAAUGCCCUGUCAGUCGCUUUGGACCGGCGAGUCAUUGAGGGAGCGAUGCUCGCGUCGGUGGCGCGCCCUUGUGCGUGGCUGCCGCUGUCGCUCAGCAGCGACGGCGUGACGCCCGCACUAGCUGCCGUCAACUACGCGUCCUCCUUCGUGCUGUCGCCUCUGGCUCACCUUGUGCUGUGUGGAAGAAUCCCAUUACCUUUAUUGAAGCGCGUAUUCCUGACUGCGGUGUCAGCUUUUGUGCCAUUCACACUUGGUACUCUGUCACAGAAAACUGACAUAGAUCCUCGGAGCAGCAAAGUAUCAGCUCUAGUGAUAUUAUAUACGGAAUGUUGCCAGUUGCUGAGAGAAGCUGAAGGUAGCCUGUACAUAACUGAUGUCAUGGCAACACUAUUUCUAGUAAUAAGCUGGCUAACAACUGUAGCCACUUCUAGCUACCUGUAUGUCAAGUGUGGGAUGCUAACGUUGAAUGAAGCCCAAGCGUUGUUGCUGGUUUCUACGCCAAAGUCCAUUCAUAUUGAAUGGAUAUCAGCAACACUAUGCUCGGCGUCUGGGCUCGCUCGUUUGCCCGCUGUGUUCAUAGCGCCCGCCCAAGCGCUGCUGUUAGCGGCUAUCACCGCCGACGACCAUGGUGAUGAUGAUGACGGAGAUUGCGGUGAUGAGUUGCCUAGAUAGGAUUGAACGGAGUGUAUACGAAACAAAUUGGUUAUAACAUCAGUUUUGGGUAGUCUAACGCGCUCGUAUUACAGAAUCCUCGAAUGUAUUCUUAAAGAUACCUAAUUUUGGAUUACCAUUAGAGUAGCAUUAAAUAGAUCAUGGAAAAGCAACGCGUUGAAACCAUUGUCUAAAGCGAUUCCUAUUCGUCAAAAAUAAUUGUGUUUUUCUAAUUUUAUCAUUGAAUAAGUCUUGCAAAGACCCCUAAGGCCUAACUUCAAAUAUAGAAUUUGAUUUGGAGGAAUAAUUAACCAGUAACCUUGAUUAAAUGUUUCGACGCUUACCUAGAUUUUAUAUUUAAAUCUUGAAUCUGGAUUGAACCAAGCGGUUGCCAGGGUUCUUCGUUUAGCGUUUAUUACGGCUUUACAAAUCCCGUAUGAAUCAUUGGUUUUCUUGGGAUACAAAGUACCCAAUGUUACUCUCCGUCCUUUCAACUAACUCUGCCAGAAAUCAAGUUGAUUGAUUGCUUGGGGCGUACAUCUACAGAAACACUUUCACAUUUAUAAUAUUAGUAAGCAAGUAAGGCUUUUAAGUUGAUGACGCUAGUAUUUCUGAAGAAUUCUAUAAGGGAUAGUUUUAUAAAUAUAGUUAGAGGCCUUUAAGUUGAUGAAAAAAUGUGAUGAUGGUAGUGAGAGGAAAUUUUUAGUGAAUAAUUUGUAGUGAAAUAAAUUGAUGGAUUAUUGUUGAUACAGUUAAGUUAACGGGUAGCGAAAACGAGGUGAUGUAGAACAGUUUUGUAUUUGCGGAAUAUUGCAAAGUUUUGUACCGCUUGCAAAGUUGGUCUGCAAAACAAUCGCAUCGAUAUUGGUAUGUGAACGAUGGUGAGCUGUGACUUAUUUAACAAAUUUUAAAACAUAACUUUAUAUAUUUUAAUGAACUAUUGUUAAAAAGAGGCCUUAGAAAAGAUAGCCUUAAGUACCUAGUAGUUCAAAGUUACACAUAAACAUAAGAGUUUUUUUUUUUUCGUAUACUCUAGUUUUGCGACUAGUUGUUGCACUGUUUGUUGCCAAGCAACAGGUAGCAAGCGACAACAGUUGGAGUGUCAUUCAAGUCAUUGAAAAUGUUACAUUCUGAUUUGAGUGAACGCGCGCCGCGUAUCAUGUUAUGAGGAUGUAUCUACAAGUAGGAUACAUUUUAAGAAACCUUGAUUAAGAAACAUGCUCUUCGUAGUAACAAAUUUUAAAGGUUGUAAUAUUAAAACAAUUUUCCAUAGUUUCUAGAUGGUAAAUAUUUCCUAAUAUAAAAACAAGUGUGCUCAUAAAUCUCCAAUUUUUAAAACUAAGCGAUAACAACGAUAUAUUCCUUCUUAUUCGUUGGGUCCAUUAUUGUGAAAUUAAUUAUAGGUUGUUGAUAUUUUUAA